AUGGGCUCCAUUGAGAUACUUCAGUCUGAACGGCUAUUCCCGAGCACAAAGCCGCCUCGGCGGGCAGUGGCACUCUCUCUUCUUGAUGCGACUGCGGCAGAAUUUGCGCCGACUUGUGCAAUCUGGCUUUGUCAACGACCAAACAACGUUCAUUUCGAUUUAGCCCAUCAUUUUUGCCGCUCCCUUCAACUCGUUCUAGACGCUUAUCCUCAGUGGACGGGUCAAGUCAAAAGCAUCUCGACGCUUGACCCAUCUCAAUUGGAAAGCGAGGAACUCGAAUUUGCCCCACAUGCGCGUCGAUUUGGACGAGUUUAUGCUCAUUAUGGGACAUCUCAGGAUGCCGGAGUCGAGUUCGUGACGGCAAGGAGCAGUGCUACUCUCGAGACACUCAGCCCCUCUUCUCGAACUACAGACCAGCCGAUCCUGAAUUGCAAUAACUGUUCUUUUGCUGGACUUGUUUCAUCCACUCUUCUGGCUCGCCCAAUUCAACAAAGCGCCCCCGAACAGGAUGGUGCUGUGCCACCCGUGCUGGCAAUCCAAUUGACCGAGCUAGCGUGUGGCAACUUUGCGUUAUCGGCCAAGCUUUCGCAUGUACUAGGUGAUAUCCAGUCGCUUGUUUUGUUUGCAAAAGAUUGGUCGGCAAUUAGUCGCUGGAUUCUCGCGGGCUUAGAUCUACCCCAGCCUGUGCUUAACCCCGUGUUUCAACCAGAACUACUGGACUCAAAAGCCGCAGGAGACAUCAGCGGGAACCAACCAGACCCACAAAUUCUUGACCGAGUUGGAGCCCUGCCUCUACAUCGCUACGACUGGUGGGCUGUACAGCCACGAUGCCCUUGGCCUCAAGAGAUCCCGGCCGCGUUCCGGGACGAGGAGCCAGCGCCUGCGGGAACAGCUAUGCCCUGGUCUGAUUGGGAUGUCAACUCCCCCGUAUCACAUUACUUGGUGCAUUAUACGUGCGACCAAGUUGAGGUAGUUUAUCAAAAGGCAACCGAGGGCGGGCCAACAAACGCCCGAAUAAGUCGACACGAUGCUGUUCUGGCUCACAUCUGGUCAUGCAUUGCUCGCGCACGAAACCAGCAGAGUGACGCUGGCCCUCUACACUGCGACCUUGUCUGUGGAACGCGCCCUGCACUCCAGUUGGGAAAUAAUUUCAUCGGCUCAACAAGUCUCAUGUUGAAUGUCGAAAUGUCUGGCAUCCAGCUAGCUUCUCCAAGCCAGGAUAACCAACUGCGAAAUAUUGCUCAACAGAUCCGCGAGACCAUCAACAAGAUGAGUAACCCGACCGCGCUCGGUGUACAUCUUCACAGCAUCGCGUUCGAAAAGACUCCGCAGCGAAUUUGGCAGGCAUUCCUGGGACAACGACACCUAAUGGUGACAACCUGGGCACGAGCGGGCCUCUACGAUAUAGAUUUCGGGCUCAGUGCCAAGCCAAUCAUUCGGUAUGCCGAUGCAGUGAUUCCCGACUUGGAUGGCGUGCUGGUCAUUAAGGAGGCACCCCCGUUGAAUAUAAGCACAACGGGAGAAAGUGAUUGGACCGAAAACGGGGUGGAUAUCUCAAUUCGCAUUCGAACUGAGGACAUGGCGCGAUUGACACGGGAUCCAAUGCUUCUACCAUGA